GAAUUCAUCUCAUCAUUGUUUCAGAAUAAUCUCUCUUCUUCGAAGAAACCUAAAUUUAUUUUAUCAACAUUCCUCUGAAUUUAUAUUCUCUCCUUAUUGCCCAUAUAAAAAUCCAGAAAGGAAUGUAAGGUUAUUAAAAGAGAUAAUAAUUCACAAAGACACACAAAAAUUAAUUUAGAAGUUUAAAGCGGGGUCUUAAAACAUGCUACUAUACUGCCAUGCUUUUGAAAACCUUAUCUGAUGUUCAGGGUUUUAGUCUAUUGUCGCAACUCACAUUAUCCCUCUGGGUGAUUCUUCUUAUUCGUUCAGCUGAAAGCUCCUGCACACACUUCUGGCAUCAAAUGGAGAUCUCUUCAAGGACGAUCAAGCCAGGACAGGGGCGACCUCUUUCAAUCCAACGUUCCAAGGCGAGGUAAUUGCAUGGCUUUUUGAAGACUUAAUAGUUAAUACUCAUGCAAGGAAUUAAAAUCAGCCAAGUUGGGAGAAUUUUUGCAUUGGCUGCUCCAUCAGAUUCACGUGGGCGUCACAAUGGUCGCAGCAAAAAAACAAAGGAAGAACGCCGGGUCAUGAUUGUGUCUUUUGUAGAAAGGUACAAGGCUCUAAAUGAAGGAAAAUUUCCUACUGCUACGCUCACAUAUAAAGAGGUGGGUGGCAAUUAUUAUACUGUAAGAGAAAUUUUGCAGGAACUUAAACAAGAAAAUAUUUCUUGUGAUACUCUGGGUACAGAUUUGGAAGCUAUAGAGACAAAGUAUAAGACAACACACGCCGUAGAACCUUUAUCUCUUCCAGCAGAAAGUGAAAAGAAUGGAGUUAUAGGCAACCACCAUAGCUUGGAACAUAAAGAGGCAAACUAUCAAGAGACAUUAUCAGAUACAGAAGAGAAGAAAAUUGUCAUCCAUAAUGAUGUUGUAGAAACUUGUGUGAAUAAUCAGACUCAAGCAAAUGAAGGGAGAAAUAUUGUUGGAAAUCCGCCAGGAUCAAAUCCUAAAUCUUUGGUUGUGGAUUCACAGCCUCUGCAGGGGUUGACAAAGGGACAAUCUAUUUCUAGUGUCAGUAAUGGAGCUACAAACAGCAAUCACCUCUUGGAACUGAGCAAGGCAUUAUCAGAUCCUGAAGAGCAGGGAAAUAUUGUCCAUAACGAUGUUGUGGAAAUUUGUGAUCCAAAUGGUCAAACUCAAACAAAGCAAGAGAUUAAUAUUGGUGAAAGACCACCAAGAACACAUGCUGCAUCUAUUGCCAGGGAUCUGGACAUUUUGCUACAAGUGAUUAAGGGAGAAACUGCAAGCAUUGGAGUUAGAGACAACAAUCACAGCUUGGCACUAGACGAGGCAGAAUAUCUGGACACACUGUCAGACACAGAAGAGCAGAAAACUAUGAGCCAGAAUGAUGUUGUGAGAACUUAUGGUCUAAAUGAUCAAACUCAAGCAAAACAAGAGAUUAAGAUUGUUGAAAGUCCACAAGGACCAAGUAUUGCAUCUGUUGUGGGUGUGCAGCCUCUGCAAGAGAUGAUAGAGGGACAAUCCAUUUCUAGUGUGACAGGUGCAUUUAUGGAUAACAAUCACAUCUUAGAGAUAAAUGAGGCAAAAUAUCAGGAGGCUUUAUCAGAUACAGAAGAAAGGAAAAAUAUCAUUCAUAAUGAUGUGGAAACUUGUGGUCUAAAUGAUCAGAAUCAAGUAAAGCAAGAGAUUACAAUUGUUGAAGAGUCACCAGGAACAAGUGCUGCAUUGAAUCCACUUGUCACACUAGAAUACCAUGAAGAAGGCGAGGAACAUCUUCAUUUGGAGACUUUUAAACCUCUUUCCUUAUCAUCUGAUUCUCAUUGUACCACCCGUGUUACUAAGCAACCCAAGGAUCUGUCCUUUUCUGCCCAGCAUGAGGAUGACAAUGAUCUAGUUCUGAAUUCAACGAAAGGAAUAGCAGAGGAACCUGCAAUUACAGCCAAUAAAACUAUGAUCCAGAAUGAUGUUGUGAGAAAUUUUGGUCUAAACAAUCAAACUCAAGCAAAACAAGAGAUUAAGAUUGUUGAAAAGCCACAAGGACCAAGUGCUCCAUCUGUUGUGGGUGUGCAGCCUCUGCAAGAGAUGAUGGAGGGACAAUCCAUUUCUAGUGUGACAGGUGGAUUUACGGAUAACAAUCACAUCUUGGAGAUAAAUGAGGCAAAAUAUCAGGAAGCUUUAUCAGAUACAGAAGAAAAGAAAAGUAUCAUCCAUAAUGAUGUGGAAACUUGUGGUCUAAAUAAUCAGACUCAAGUGAAGCAAGAGGUUACAAUUAGUGAAGAGUCACCAGGAACAAGUGCUGCAUCUAAUCCACUUGUCACACUAGAAUACCAUGAAGAAGGCAAGGAGCAUCUUCAUUUGGAGACUUCCAAACCUCCAUCCUUAUCAUCUGAUUCUCAUUCUACCACCUGUGUUACUAAGCAACCCAAAGAUCUGUCCUUUUCUGUGCAUCAUGAGGAUGACAAUGACCUAGUUUUAAAUUCAACAAAAGGAAUAGCAGAGGAAAUUGCAAUUACAGCUGAUAAAAUAGUCUCUCCAUUGACAAAUUCAGUUACUGCUCCACAAGAAGCCACUGAAAUUCCAGACAAUAUCUUGGAUGGCCAAAAAUUAACUGCUUUGAACACUUCUCCUGAUCAAGGGCUGACUGGAGUUAAGGCAUUUUAUCAGGUCCUUUUGCAUCGAUUAGCUUUGUCAGCACUAAUCGUCAAAACCUUGGUACAGGCUGGAGAUGCUUCUCAAAAGGGUUCCAGUGAGUUUCAGUCCGAGAAGUUGGAUGAUUAUUCACUCUCAAAAUAUUCCAUAGAUCUAUCAGAUAAAGAAACUGCUUCUGUGGUUUCUAGUUCAUCACUGGAUCAAGGUGGAAGCACUCAAGAUACAGUGCAAAGCACACAAAAGACCAAUUCUGAUGGAUUUUGUGCCAAUAAUUCAGAGAAAAAGAUCAGUUCUUAUCAAGAGGAAAGUAUUGGAGAUACGAAGCAAAUCUCACACGACUUGUCUGAUGGAAAUUGCAAUCCUACUUUAGAGAACAAUAAAAGGACAUAUAAAAACACCAAGAGUUCUAAAGAUCGAGAGGAGCCGGAAACUAACAUGGUUCUGGAUUUUGUUAAUAAUAUAGUAAAAGGUAUUCUCUAUCUAUGGAAGUGAAGAAAGCUCAUGGAAAAUAGCAAAUUGUUAUGAGGUUGACCAUCGCUGUUUCACUUUGGGGAAGAAUAAUUUGCUUGUCUCAUAUCUCCUGUAAGCCAUGUUUUCAGGUUAGAAUGAACCAUAUGUUGAAUUAGCCUGGGCUAAGUUGCAAGCUUGGAAUACUCGUGAUUGAUUUUUAAUGUUGUCUGUUUGUCAAUGCAAAGUUUCAUAGUUCCUUUCUGGUCAGAAUCGGCAUCUCUGUAGCAUUCAUUGCAUUAUGAUACUAAAAAUGAAUAGCAGCAAAUCGCAUAAUAUAUCCAGUUUUGUUUGAAAA